AGAAUAAAUUCUGACCCGUGUGAACCCAGCUCUUUCGAAUAGCCUGCAAGAUAAAGGUUGCUCAGAGGCGCCAGACGUAUUUCGUCUCUGCUGAUUUUCGUGACGCUUGUGGAAGGGAAUUAAUCAGAAAAAUGGAGGACAAGGAACCUGAUGUACAAUACAAUCGCUGGAACGAGGACAACAUCAACCUCAACGUAGCUGCUUCUCAAUCUACAUUGAUGAGGGUCUAUGACAGACUGUGCACGGGCAACCUGGGGAUUGCAAUGAAAGUAGCAGGAGCGUUGGUCGUACUGAUCAUCAUUUACAUGAUCGGAUACGUCACUGGAUAUUACGUGCACAGGUGCUGACGGAGGAGACCAGGAUGCCGAAAGGAGUGUGUGAAUUUCAGCAAGCUUUACACAGAGUGAUCAAGCUAUGUGUAAAUAAACCUAGAAAUCUACGAAUGUUGAAAAAAAUAAUAAUUUGAAGCAUGAAGCCACAGUGUAAACACCUGGAGUAAAUGUGCACUUUCUAAAGAGGGCUUGCAAGUGUGUAUCUGUUCUGAAUCCCUGUCUAUUUGUGUCAUGAAAAAGUGUUCUGUACGCUCCACUUACUGAUGCCAUUCCUUCUGAGAUAUUGCCUUACACUCCCUCCAUGUUGUACACAGUAUAGCUAGCUGUUAGAACGGAUGUAUUCAAGAUCUGAUCAAAGCGUUUUGAAAUUGUAAAAAUUGUAUUUUGAUAUUGUAAAACAAAUGCUGUCUUGAUAUUGUACUCUCAAAUAAAUGUGCUUUUUAAUAUACCAAAA